AUGGAGUCAAAAACAUUGCCUUUAUACUCUCAAAAGCAGCUAGCUGCGCACUCAAGUGCAGAGGACUGCUGGGUGUCAUUAUACCAGCGCAAAAUCUACGACGUGACGCGGUUUUUGAACGAGCAUCCAGGCGGCUCUCAGGCGCUUCUGGAUUACGCUGGCAAGGACGUGACGGAGAUCAUGAAGGACGAAAAAGAACACGAGCACAGCGAGUCGGCGUAUGAGAUCAUGAACGACGAAUAUCUCGUUGGGUAUCUCGCCACGGACGAAGAGGAGCGCAAGUUGUUGGGAGCGGCGGAUGCCGUGGGAGAGACCGUGGAGGUGCGGUUAGAUGGCAAGACGGGUGCAACGGGUGCUGCAGUGGCCACUUCAGAAGAGUUCGACUCGACCGUAUUCGUACCAGAAGUGCCCCCAGAGGAAAAACUCAGCAUCGCUACUGACUACUCACGUGACUAUAAGCGUCACAAGUUCCUGGACCUCAACAAGCCGCUACUGUGGCAGGUUCUGUUUGGCAGCUUCACCAAGGACUUCUAUCUAGACCAAGUGCAUCGUCCUCGCCAUUAUGGGCGUGGUUCUGCGCCGCUGUUUGGCAACUUCCUCGAGCCUCUCUCCAAGACGCCGUGGUUCAUGAUCCCCAUCGUGUGGCUUCCCGUGGUCAUCUGGCACAUGUACACCGCGCUCCAGCACAUGAACAACACGCUGGCGGUAUUCUUGUUCGGUGUCGGUGUGUUUGUGUGGACGUUGAUCGAGUAUGGUUUGCAUCGUUUCUUGUUCCACUUGGACGGGUACUUGCCUAACAACCAAGUCGCUUACACCGUGCACUUUUUGCUGCACGGUGUGCACCACUACUUGCCCAUGGACCGCUUCCGUUUAGUCAUGCCUCCAACACUAUUCGUAUUUUUGUGCACUCCUUUCUACAAGCUUGUGUUCGCGCUGCUCCCAUACUACUGGGCCUGCGCCGGUUUCGCGGGUGGCCUCCUCGGUUAUGUGUGCUACGAUCUCACUCACUACUUUUUGCAUCACGCCAAGUUGCCUCCAUACAUGCGCAAAUUGAAAAGAUACCACAUGGAACACCAUUACAAGAACUACGAGCUGGGCUUCGGCGUUACCUCAUGGUUCUGGGAUAAGGUGUUUAACACCUACUUGGGCGAUGAUGCUCCAUUGUCCAAAAUGAAGUACGAUUGA